AUGAAGACCUCUCUUUGCAACUACAGUGAAUUCAAAAUCUACCCAGCUCGUGGUAUGAAAUUCGUUAGAGGUGACUCUAAAGUUUUCCACUUUAUCAACACUAAAGUUGAAUCUCUCUUCUUCAGAAAGAUCAACCCAAGAGAUAUUAGAUGGUCAAUGGUUUACCGUAGAAUCUACAAAAACACCACCACUGAUGUUUCAGCCAAAAAGAAGGCCAGAAAGACCAAGAAAGUCGAAAGAAACAUCGUCGGUGCUUCAUUAGAAGUCAUCCAACAAAAACGUGCCCAAAAACCAGAAGUCAAACAAGCUGCUGCCGAACAAGCCAAAAGAGAAAUCAAAGAAAAGAAGAAAGCUGCUGCCAAAAAAGCUGCCCCAAAAAAAUAA